AUGGGGAGCAGCCGGCCGCUUCCGCUGGUCGCGGGCACCAAGUCCCGCCAGGCCGCCUGCCGCGAAGACGAAGCCACCGGCCGCGGGCACAAGGCCGCGCGGGAGGCCGUCUCCGGGCAGAUGCAGGGGGCACCGGCCGCGGCGCGGGGCCACGCAGCCGCCAACCGUGCGUUGUCCUCGCCAACACCUUCCACAUGCCAGCAGUCCGGCACAGCAGGCGAAGCCUCAUCGAAGGAGGAGGAGAACGCGGUGGCCGGGGACGAAGGAAAAACAAAGUCUUUAACUGCAAAGCAAGAGACUGGCGGUCUCCAGUUCUUGCAUGUUCUCCUUUUCUCCAGGGAAGAACUUGGAGGAUUUAAUGCCGGCGAUCUUGUUCUCGUAGAGCACAGUGCUGAUAACGUGUUAAAGCGUGAAUCAUCUGCCACCAACCCAGCAGAGCAGGCGCAGCCAGGAGCCAGCGGCCCAGCACUAGUCUCCGGCGGCGACCCACCUACCACCCCACCUUCCCCUUCCCAAGCGGAGCAGUAUAACCCAGUAGCCCAACAACCUCGCAGAACCGCGCCACCAGCCAACGAGCAAGAGCCCGCAGCCGGAGCUCCAAUGGCAUCCUUCUCCUCCCUCUCUGCCCCCUCCUCCUCCACCUCCACCCCGUCCAUCAACCUCCCCACAAAAACCUCCCCUGGCACAAGCUCCCUGUCAUUCCCCAGGGCCAGAGAGUCGCUGAAGUCCAGGGCCAGGAUGGUGACGGUGCGGGCGGAGGUGGUUGACACGACCAUCAGCCCGCGGGUGAGCGCGCUCAGGCCGUCCAAGACCAUGGCCAUCACCGACCAGGCCACGGCGCUGCGGCAGGCCGGCGUGCCAGUCAUCGGACUCGCCGCCGGGGAGCCCGACUUCGACACGCCGGCCGUGAUCGCCGAGGCUGGGAUGAAUGCCAUCAGAGAUGGGGCUACAAGAUACACGCCUAAUGCCGGAACUCUGGAGCUGAGGAAGGCUAUCUGCAAAAAGCUUGAGGAGGAGAAUGGUCUAUCGUACACCCCCGAUCAGGUGCUAGUAAGCAAUGGAGCCAAGCAGUGCAUUACACAAGCAGUUCUUGCUGUCUGCUCACCUGGUGAUGAAGUUUUGAUACCUGCUCCAUAUUGGGUCAGCUACCCUGAGAUGGCUAGACUAGCUGGUGCAACGCCAGUUAUUCUCCCUACAAGCAUAUCAGACAAUUUCCUCCUAAGGCCAGAGUCACUUGCCUCAGUGAUCAAUGAAAAUUCAAGGAUCUUGAUUCUCUGCUCUCCAUCUAAUCCAACAGGGUCUGUGUAUCCUAAGGAGUUGCUUGAGGAGAUUGCUGCUAUAGUCAGAAAGCAUCCUAGGCUCCUAGUUUUAUCUGAUGAGAUCUAUGAGCAUAUUAUCUAUCAACCUGCUAAACACACAAGCUUUGCUUCAUUGCCUGGAAUGUGGGAAAGAACAUUAACUGUGAAUGGAUUUUCUAAGGCUUUUGCUAUGACUGGUUGGAGACUUGGAUACUUAGCUGCCCCUAAACAUUUUGUCGCGGCCUGUGGAAAGAUCCAAAGCCAGUACACCUCUGGGGCCAGUAGUAUAUCACAGAAGGCAGGGCUUGCAGCUUUGAACCUAGGUUAUGCUGGUGGUGAAGCAGUAUCAACCAUGGUCAAAGCAUUCCAGGAGCGUCGUGAUUACCUUGUAAGAAGCUUUAGAGAGCUGCCAGGAGUAAAGAUAUCAGAACCUCAGGGCGCCUUCUAUUUAUUUAUCGACUUCAGCUCAUACUAUGGGUCUGAGGUGGAAGGUUUUGGUACCAUCAAGGACUCUGAGUCCCUCUGUUUGUUCCUGUUGGAAAAGGCUCAGGUUGCACUUGUCCCUGGGGAUGCUUUUGGCGAUGACAAGGGUGUUCGCAUUUCAUAUGCUGCAGCAAUGUCGACACUGCAAACUGCAAUGGGAAAGAUAAAAGAAGCGAUGGCUCUGCUCAGGCCUCCUAUUGCCGUUUAG